UAAGUUUAAAUUUUUUAUAAAUUUUCAUGUGUAUUAAAUUGAAACAUUAAAUGCAAUUCCGUUAACGUGAUUUUCGAAAAACUGUUACCACAAGAUCCGGUAAAGUUUUUUUCCCCGUCAAAGUGAUUUGAGUGCACCAUGGGCUGGAGCAAAGUGAUUCAUAUAGGACCACUGUUCACAAUCGUUGUUAUUAAAUCAGUUGUAUGGUCAACAAUUCAUUGCAAUUCUAUGUGGUGGCCACCAUAUCACUCAUGGCCUGGAUUCACUAAUGCUGCUGUUUUCCUCUUUUUGAGUGCAUCAACUCUCUACAAUUUUCUCUAUUCACUGCAUGUUGGUCCUGGAUAUUUACCUCUGAAAUGGAAACCAAAAAAUGAAGAUGACAUCCAAUAUCUACAGUACUGUACAGUAUGUGAGGGAUAUAAAGCCCCAAGAUCUCAUCACUGUAGAAAAUGCAAUAGAUGCAUUAUGAAACGGGACCACCACUGCAUAUUUAUAAAUAACUGCCUUGGCCAUUUGAACCACACCAGUUUCAUCGCGUUCCUGAUAUCCGCUGUUAUUGGAUGCGCCCAAAGCAUUAUCAUCAUUUCUUGCACCAUGUAUCGAGCUCUUCAUCCGACCUACUACUAUUACGACCAUGCGGAUAUACGAGAAGUGCCUUUUGUAAUAUUGGGACUUUGGCCCUUUGUGAUAAGUUUAAUUUCGUUAGGAUUAGCGGCCGGAGUAGUAUUUGCUGUUGGCUUCCUUUUCUUUGUUCAGAUGAAGGUGAUUUUGAGGAACCAAACAGCCAUCGAAGACUGGGUCCAUGAAAAAGCUGUUUAUCGCCGGGAAGGAACGGAUGAAGCCCCUUUUAUUCACCCAUAUAAUUUAGGCUGGCGAGAGAAUCUAGUUCAAGUGAUCAAUUGGUCAUUUCAGCCAAAAGGUGAUGGAAUCGAAUGGAAAAUACGGGAAAGUUGUCAUAAUUACUCAUUUACGAUAGAACAAAUUGAACAGAAAAAAAUAAAACGGGAACGCUGUGUAGAAUAUGUUGUGGAAAAAGCAUAUAGUGGACGGUGGUUCCCGCUUAUAAGUUUCGGCAUUAUGGCGUGUCUCCGACCACCAUGCAGCGACGAGACGAGAAUCCCUCUGCGGAUAGGCGAUAAAGUGGCAGUAACUCGCUGGAAAAAGUAUUGGCUCUAUGGCGAAAUUCAAGAAAGAGGGCAGAUUCAAAUGAAUCCCACUGAACGUCGGGUACUACGUGGGUGGUUUCCUCGCUUGUCCUGUUCUCCUUCCUAUAUCGAAUACGAGAAAGAAGAAUGAAACUGUAAGCGUUCCAUUGUGUGUAAAAACAA